AUGCUAAUCGGUGAAAAGUGUGACCGCUUAAGCCCUGUCUGCUCGAGAUGCGAGCGAGGGCGUCGUGAUUGCGUUUACCCCGACAUGUUCGAUUCGGCACAUAGAGACCAACGCGUCGUCGCAAAGGCCUCCGCUGAAACCAAGUGGAGACAGCGAGUCGGUAACCCGUCAGCCACGCAGACACAGCCCGACCGGGAUGGCAAGCCAAACUUCGACCCCCUUCUCGGUGCCCCACAUGUAGGGCUGCGCGAUAAUUUGCAUGACUUGGCGUACCAACGUUUCGUGUAUGACUUUUUGACGCCCUCCGGGUUCCAUUCCCCUGCCAAAGGAACUUUCUCAAGACUCGACACUUUAUAUUCUCGAGCACCACCAGAUUCAUGUUUGUUCUGUGCGGUCACUGCAGUCUCAUACGCAAAUUUCUAUGGCAGACUUAAGUCCGAAGAAGCGAGACUUGCCAGUGGUGUUUACUAUGGGAAAACACUGCAAAAGCUUACAGCGCUAAUGGAUACGAAUCCAACAGGCUUCACUGGCGAUGGGAUUCUGGUCGUCAUGCUAGUCCUGGGCUUGUACGAGACAUUGGCCUCGACGCGACGCGACGGAACUUGGAUCACCCAUAUGCGUGGCACUCAGUCGAUUAUUGCGAGCAGAGAUAAAAGUUCAAAUGAGGGUAACGGCAUAGUGGCAUCACUCUGCUUGCACUUGCUCGUUUAUUAUAUCAGCGAAAGGGUAUCGCCUCCGUUGUAUUUUCACCAAUGGAUCGCCCAAGUUCCACCAUCCUUCGGCAACAAAGCAACGCUAUCAAAAUAUAUGGCCGAGGUAGCCACGCGCUGCGCGAAACUGAAGGAGAUUGACAAGAUGAGUGGAUUUCUGCCACAAGAUUCAGGCCUUCUGGACGCUGCCCUGUCUCUCGAUGCCCAACUCCAGACGUGGGCGUCGCACAUGCCUGAAAGUCGGUCAUCGACAAUGCUACCAGUCAAUCCGACGGAGUAUCCACCUUGGGCAUCAGAAUUAUUCUCAUUGCCGGGUGCGCCAAAGAUGACGGAAGCAUUUUCAGACCCUCUGGCUGCUAGCGACUGGAACAUGUAUCGGGCUACCCGCAUACAGCUGAAUCUUUCUUUGUUGGCCUCACUGGAUGCGUUCCCACAAUGCGCCGACGUAUUCUACGCGACGCGGCUUAAAUCCCGAGUGCUGGACAACAUCUACACACUUUCAAGUGAAAUAACAAGCUCUGUCCCACACUUGCUUUUGAGCACGCGUGAGCCGACUUCAUCCUACCCUCAAUCAACGGAAGCGAUACAUGGGCUACGGGGAUGGACCGUUAUGUGGCCCGUUUCCAUAGCAUUUUCGUGCUAUAGGAAUGGCUCAAUCCCAGACCUCGAUUCACAAAAGGAAUGGCUCGGUACUGUGCUGCGAUUUCUACGGGACAGUAUGGGGAUAGGUAAAGCACAGGCAUUUUUGGAGGCUUACGGUUGA